UUUUUUUUGCUGCAAAUAAUAAUAAUAAUAAUAAGACAAAGAAAAGAUGAAGUUCUGUUUGCUGCUUCUCUUCUGUCGUAAUUUACUUGCAGAUAAACAUUCACUGAAGUAUUUUGUCACUGGAUCCUCUGGAGUCCCAAACAUCCCAGAGUUCAUGGGUGUAGUGGUGUUUAAUGGCAUCCAGGUGGGUUACUGUGACAGCAACAACAAGACUUUAAAACCAAAACAGGACUGGGCGAAGAAAAUGUUAGAAACAAACCCUGAGAAGAAAGAGUGGCACACUAACAUGUGUUUCAACGAUCAGCCAAACUUCUUCAGAGAGAUGAUUUUUAUGUUGAAACAACAAUUCAGUCAAAGUGAAGAUGUCCACAUUUUACAGAGAAUAUCUGGCUGUGAACAGGAUGAAAACACUGGAGAAGUGACCGGCUUGACACAGUACGGUUAUAACGGAGAAGACUUUCUUGAAUUUGAUCUGAAGGCACAGAUGUGGAUCGCACUGAAACCAGAGGCUGACAUCAUCAAACUGAGAUGGGAUGCAGACAAAGUUCGAAUUAAACACAAAGCAAACUCCCUCACUCAGAUUUGUCCAGAGUGGCUCAAGAUGUGUGUGGACAAUGGGAAAAGCUCCCUGCAGACGACAGUUCCCUCAGUGUCUCUCCUCCAGAUGACUCCCUCCUCUCCAGUCAGCUGCCACGCUACCGGUUUCUAUCCUGACAGAGCCAUGAUGUUCUGGAGGAAAGAUGGAGAGGAGCUUCAUGAAGGUGUGGAUCCUGGAGAGAUUCUCCCCAACAAUGAUGAGACCUUCCAGAUGAGUGUUGAUCUGAAUGUUUUGUCAUUCAGACCUGAAGACUGGAGCAGAUAUGAGUGUGUGUUUCAGCUCUCUGAUGGUGAGGACGUCAUCAUCACCAGGCUGAAUGAAACAGUGAUCAGAACCAACAGAGGAGGAAAAAAUACAAAUGAGGAACCCUCGGACAUGAUGAUCACCAUCACUGCUGCAGUGGUUGUUUCAGUUGCUCUCGUCCUCGUUGCUGCUGUUUUUGCUGCUGUUUACAAGAAGAUGAAAGAAACAAAUACUGAACAAUCUCCGGGCAACACCUCUGAACUCUCUUCAAGACUGAAUCCAGAGACUGCAUAGACAAACACAGCACACAUCUCCACCUAAGAAAAGUGUGAAGACGAUUGUUGAUCAUUUCAUUUUUAAUUUCUGGUAUUUUUCCCUCCAGUAUGUGAUUAUUCUGUUACGUCUGAAAAAGACAAACCCAGAUGUACUUUUACUCAAUAAAUACUUAUA